UAAACCAAGCUUGAUAUAAAGAAAAUGGAGGAUCAAGAGUUUUGGGCGCGUGUGCUUUCUUCAUUCGUUAACACCAACAUUGUGACAGGAAUCAGCUCAUAAAGUCCGGAGAUUGUUAGCCGAUGCGGUAGAGAAAAUGGGGAUUCGGUAUUGCCGGUCAAAGAAGAUCAUAUAAGCAGUACUCAUAAAAUUUCGCUCGCACUACGUAGCACACUACGGUAAAUUUAUUCGUAUUUGAAAUACCAUGAUGUCGCGAGAGUAAUAAGAGUACGCGAGAAGAUGUUUGCUUCCAUUAACCAUAGUUCUAAUUCCACAACAAUAGAAUUAGAAUGUAUUCUCUAUACUGUAUAAUAGAGGGAACAUUAUAACAAUCCGGCAAGAGUACACCGUAUGUGCUAUUGCUGAGUUUCAAGAUCUAGGAUUUUGCUUCCUGUGCUGUGACUUCCUACAUAGAUGAAGAUGAGCGGAGAUAUGUUUGAGGAGAAAGAUUAUCCAACCCAAUGGGCGCUCAAUCCUUCAGCUUAUCAAAACAUGAGUAAUGAACAAGUGGAUUGGGCAGCUCUGGCGCAACAAUGGAUAAAAAUGAAGGAGACAACUGUACCACCGGCACCACCACCACCAAAUAUAAAUCCCAUAUAUUCCAUAAACGAUGGUAGUGGUGAGGCACCAAUGGAUAUGGACACCAAGGAUGAUGAGAUGCCUCCUGUACCUCCUGCACCAACCAUCAGUGGAUCUGAAGCUUGGACUCAAUGGAACCAGUGGGGUCACUGGAAUACUUCAGCAUCUGGAACAGGAAGCUGGGAAUGGAGCGGCGUACCACCACCUGGUGUUACUAUAGGUCCUGAUGGUAAACCAAUUGGACUUCCAACUGUGCCAGUUAUACCACCUGCGCCAACAAUAUCUACCACUACUGAUUUUAAUACACCUCCUCCUGCUGCACCAUCAUUGUAUUCGUACAAUUCAGUAGCACCAGCACAAUCGUACAAUCAGGUUACUAAUUAUUGGUCUGGAGAACCACCUAAUGCAAUAUCAUCACAACCACCUCCAUUCAUGAAAGGAAUGAGACAUACGAACAGAGCACAUAUGAGGGUAAUGGAUCCAGUCCGAUGCCGAGAUGAUAGAGAAAAAACACCGGAAGAAGAUACUACUAUGACUAUAGACGCCGCAAAACGAAGACAGUUACCAGCAUGGAUUCGUGAAGGAUUGGAAAAAAUGGAAAAAGAGAAACAGAAGGCUGUGGAGAGAGAACGAUUAGAGAUCUUGAGGAAGCAAGAAUUGGAGGCUCGCAAGCAAGCAGAGGAUGAAGCGCGUGCAGUGCUCAAUCCUAGCAAGAGCAAAUUUGAUUCGGACUCGGAAAAGGAGACUGAACAGGACUUCGACAUAACGAGUAGCAAUACGCGUGGACAACAAUCCGUAGACAAGAGCUAUGAUCGCACCCCGGAUAUCGUUGUUCGGCCACGGAAGUCGCGAUUCAGAGACGCCGAUUCACCAGAAUCUCACGCGGACGCUGACGAGAGUCCGACCGCCACGACCAGCACACCUCCGUCUCUCUGUACAGUCGCACAAAAGCGAUCUCCUGAUGAGAUCUUUCAGGAAAUGAUGUUGAAAGUAAGACGAGCGCUGACGGAAAUACUUCUGGAGGUAACGAACGAAGAGAUUGCUACGGUAUGCAGAGAGGUUUGGAGCCGCGCACGUGCCAAAGUCCCCGCAGGAGAGACCCCCGUCGCAUCCCUCAACAACACGGCCCCUCUUGCUCAGAUCACUCGCAAGCUCGGUCUGGGCAUCUACGGCGACAGUAACAGCGAGUCCGAGGAAGAGCAGAGCGAACACGCACAAGUUCAUGACGACGACAGCGACGAUGAUCUGAAGGAAACGUUGAAACGUCGACAGCAGGCAUUUCGGAAGAUCGAGGAGGAGAUCGAGACGCGUCUGGCCGAGGAGGAGGAGAGGGAGGAACAACGUAGUUACGACGAGCAACAAAAUAGACAACAAGAAAAUCAUACCGGUAAUACUAGCUGCCGGGAUACAGUUGAUGAAAAAGAAACGGUAAAUAAUCAAAGAGAAGCGUCCGAAACUUUAUCGAGCGGCGGGCAAAGUCCACAAACGGCGGCGCCGCAGAAGGCCCCGUCGACGGCCGACGAUCACCAGCAGGCGACGAAAGCGACGAAAGCGAGCAGCACUGUUUCGGGAUCGGCUGACUCCGAGUCGAGCAGCAGUGAAUCCUCGAGCAGCUUGUCCGAGUCGAGCCGCGAGAAACACGCCAAGAAACACGAUAAAGCGCGCACUAGCAAGCAGUCGCAGCCGCAGCAACGCGAGCAGCAACAGCAGCAACGCGGUUAUCAUCAGCGACGUCGAAAGUCCAAGAGCAGGAGCAAGUCGCGAAGUGGCAGACGAUCCGUCAGGUCGUCCCGCUCGUCCGAACGAAAGCGACGUUCCCGCUCAAGGUCGGCCAAGUCGUCCCGCAAGAACUAUCGUUCGCGAUCCUCGCGUUCUUCUAGCGAUCGUAGAUCCAGCAAGAAGCAUCGUACGCGAUCCCGCGACGACCGGAAACGCGUGAGAUCGCGCUCGCGCAGCUGUCGAGGCCACUCCAGGUCGCCAUCCGUCGACAAUCGUAGUAGGAAGUGGCGUUCGUCGCGGUCGCGAUCGCGUAAGAGAAAGUCCCGCUCGCGUUCCAGAGACAGGCGGAGGAACAGUCGAUCGCGCAGCAAAUCGUCUCGCGUGACCACGACGAAACGAAGAGGCUCGCGCUCGAGGUCGCGCGGCGAUCGUAGGGAGAGAUCGCGUAGCCGCUCGAGGGAUCGAGCCCGAAGAUCGAGAUCGUAUAUUUCCAGGAGAAGCCGACGACGGGGCAGCCGGUCCAGAUCGCGGGAUCGAAGUAGAAAGUCGCGAUCCAAGUCGAGCCAUCGCGAUGGUAAGAAGUCGUCACAUCGAUACAGGAAUUGAGCCUGAAAUCUGCUCUCCCAAGCCCAAGGUUGUAUAAAUGUUCAUUCUAUUUAUAACUUUAACGGAGAAUAAUACGAAAACCAAGUGUACUAUAUUAGGUUUUUUCAAAUAAGAUGUUGUCACUUUCAUGUUAUUAAUAUGUAGACUAAAAAAUUCUGAAAAUUUCUCUCGGAAAUUCUCUAUCUCUCUUUCUCUUUCUUUCCUUCUUUUCAUUUCGUCGCUGCAUCAUCGCGCACUCUUUCUCUCUCUAUUAUUUCAUUGGAGUGUUUGUGAUAUUUCUCAUAAAUUUCUAUGUGUUAUAAUGCCGAUGCGAUUUUUAUUAUUAUACUUUAUAAUUGAUUAAUGAUGUGGCAGCACGCAAUCUUAAGUGCAAUCUAUGGUACUUUUUGCAUGGAAAGGAAUUUUUUCUUUUUAUUUACUACUUGCUACAUGGAUAUUUAUUAUUUUCUUUGCAAUUAGACGAUACUUUACAAUUAGAUUAUUAAGGGUUGAGUUUUGUUUCUAUUUUCCCUGUAAAAAUGUUAAAAUGAUUAAAAGUUUUUUAUAUUGUUAGGAUAAUUACAAAGUAAAUGAUAAUAUAUUAUUACGAAAAGAGAGAACAGUGAAAUUUGCUCAAUUUUUGGAGAUCUAGUGGUGGCGACGAUUAAAAUAAACAUUAAAUAUACUAUUUGAUUAAAUUUUAGAUACUUUUACAUAUAUAAUUGUAUUAUAAUGGAUUUAUUAUUAGAUUUAAUCGUAAGAAAUACAUAUGAUACAUACACAUAAACACAUAAAGCGAUUGGAGAAGAGAUUAAUCAAAAUGCAUUCAAAAAAUUGACACAUUAAAUUUGCGUAGAUAUUGAAUAUUUUUAAAAUGACAGGUUGAAACAAACUAAAGCAAUAAAAUAAUUAACGCUAAAUAUAAUGAUUAGCAUUAAACAUAAAGAGUUUCAAAUAGAUAUUUUAUUGAUGUAAUAUGACAUUUACAAAAAAAACAUUUUAUCACUAAUUGCUAGAUAUACUAGUAUAUUUUGUACUCUUUUUUUAACAUCAAAUCAUUAAGAUUCGAAUCUCUUCCUUUAGUUCCAAGAGUUUCUUUAUUAAUGUAUUUUUUGACAUAAAACGUUAACUAGUCAAAUGUACUUUUCUGGACAUUAGUUACAUUUAGACAUAAACAUAAUUAAAAUGUAUGAUAAAUUUAUGCAAUAUAUUUCGUAACAAUGUAAUAUAUGAGAGAAAAACAAUAUAUUAAACUAUUAUCACAUUUUUGCUAAUAAAUGAAUUACUGAAUGGCCAUUUCCCCAAGAAUUCAUUAAAUAAAUAAAAAGUCUUAAAAUAAAUAUAAAAAAUAAUUCUCGAAUGCAUAAUCCUAUUUGCAGGAAAAUUCGAAAAGAAUAUGCCCUUUGUACAGAAUAUUAUUAAACGAUUAUUUGUUCUUUCAA